UUUGGCAUUCAAUUGGAAAGCAUUUGAUAAUCAGUUGUGAAUUAAACCGCAAUUUAGUGACAGUUGUCAACAAAACAGUGCAUUAAUUGUCGCACAAAAUGAGCGUUUCCGACGAUUCAAAGAUGAAGUUAAUUGAAACCAAAUAUCAAAUCCUUUACACCAUUUGUACGCAAAUUAAAGAUAAGGACUUCCAGAGGACGUUGUCUUUGACUGGACUGAAGCACCGAAAUGAAGACAUCUAUAAACUGGUGGACAAAUACAAGUGGACUGCUCUGAAGACUGAGUUCAAUGCGGAGGUCGUCCACAAAGAGCUCUACCAAACACUCAAAGAUAAAUGCGUUAACGCUUUGCAACUGAUGAGCGGUCAGGACGUGGACACGGAUCACAUGAGCGACGCUGACAUACAGGCGCUGUUGGCCUCCAAGUUGGAUGUGUUGAGCACUCGGCUCACAGAGACUGAAGAGGUGUCCAAAUGUGUGGACAAGAACUUCAAGAUCUAUCAAAACUUGUUCAGUGAUUAUCUGGAAAGUGUGGGCAAAUACUACUCGAAAUACAAGAUCCCGUUUAAACUGAAUUACGAUGAAAUGGUUUGCACUCUCCAUAUGAGUAAAGCACAGACUCUUUGCAUC